CUUCCUACUCAAGUCUUUGUGUCACUGUCUACUGCACUCUGGAGUGCAGGCCCUAAGGGAUAUGCUUCAGUAGCUAGCUCAGUGCAACGACUUGUUUAACAAAGUCCACUGUGAGUAAUUGAUUGGAUAAUGGCGUUCGUGUUUAUAUAAAGGGAACCAGCAGUGCACACUACUGUUAGGCAAAGGCAAGCCUCCUGCUUAAGCUUACAAAAAAAAAGGAAAGUCUCCUGCGCAAUUAAUUGGCAUUCUUGCUUUGUUUGCUUCCUUGCCUGGUGAGGAGUGAGGAAAGAUGAGGAAGGAGAUGAUCAUCAGGGUGCAGACGAACUCUGAGAAGGGCCACUGCAAAGCUAUCAAGGUGGCUGCUGCAGUCCAUGGUGUGGAGUCCGUAACGAUCACCGGGGAGGAUAAGAACCUGCUGCUGGUGAUCGGCGUCGGGAUCGACUCCAACCGCAUCACCGAGAAGCUGCGCCGGAAGGUGGGCCACGCGGAGGUGGUCGAGCUGCGGACCGUCGACGCCGCGGCCGACGAGCUCGGCGGCCUCGUCUCCGCCGACCACGCGUACCGCUACCACCCUAGCCCGAGCCCCUACAAUCAUCAGCAGCACGCGGCCGUCGCGCGCGACCACUACUACGGCGGCGCCGGCGGCUACCCGCGCGACCACUACUACACCGGCGGUGGGUCGACGUACGCGCCGCAGGUGGCCCCGCGGGACUACUACUAUGGCGGCGGCGCCAGCGGCGGCGGCGGCGGGGCCUACCCGGCGCAGCACGACUACUACCCCCACUACCCGGCGGCCGCGAACACGCACACGGUGGUGCACCACGAGUACGCGAGUGACCCCAACAACUGCUCCGUCAUGUGAUGCGACUGCUGUGGAGCGUGAUGAUUCGGAAACGGAUUGCUGUUGCGUACCAUCCGGUGUCAGUGACUCAUCAGUGUUACAGUUACAUGCAGCCACUAGCCAGUCCAGUUCCGUGUAAAUAAUGUACCGCAAGCAGCGCAGCGCAGCGCACGCAUGGUAUUGUGCGGAACUUUGUUUGCUCCAUGCAUGUUUGGUUGGAGCGAAGGAAGGAGCACGACUUGUAACUGUAACAUGGAACAUGUGUAUUCUGUGUGGA